AAAGAGUACUGAGUUAUGUCUACUUCUUCUUUUUUAGCCACGUGAACAUAACUAUUAAACGUAGACGUAUCAUAGUUGUAAUACCGAGGUUUGGAUUUAAUAGAUUGUAAUUCGAAUCAUAAAUGUUGAAAAGCUUAAUUCUUUAUUCAGUUAUACUAGACUUAACGGACUUAUCACAUGAUUCAUAUCCGCUAAAUCUAACACUUCACACUGGAUUAUAAAAUGCUAAAUCAAAACAGUCAACCUAUUUGGAACUCUGUAGAUAAAUACAUUGAACCAUUGUUGAAACGCGUUUUAGAAACGCAAAGAAUUGGUGUGUCAUGUGGCAAAGUUGAAGUAAAUAAUAUCACAUCUAGCUGUGGAAAGGACCGAGGUGAUCGUUUCUACCUUUCCAUACCCUACGCUGGAAAGACACUUAGUUGGAACGUGUUGUUCAAUUCACUAUGCCCAGAGCUAAGCCCAGAUUUCUUAUUCGACGAUGACACUUUUCUUGCUGACCCAGACGUGACUACCAUUUUAACUCAUGUCCCAAGCCUAGCCAGUUGGGAUGUGACAAAUGACGAUGCCUUGCUCAUGGUGAUCGUUCAACUUCUUUCAUAUUAUAAAGAACAUCAGAUCAACCUUCUUGAAAAACAAGGAGAACGGUUGAAGUUCGAGUACAGCACUCUAGUUAAUGAGACUGAAAUAUGUCCCGAAGACAUGGAAGUAAUAUCAUUGCCAACAGGUGUGAGGCCUGUAGAAACUCGAUUUUUAAUACGUAUGGCAAUGGAUUUUUCAAAAUUACCAGAACGCAUUUCUCAUCCUCAAGACGAUGAAGCUAUGCUGCUUGUAACCUUCAAUGGGCCAGAUUAUGACCAUAUAACACCAGAACUAUAUCUUUCUAAGAGUUUGGAAGAUGCUUUUGGAGGCCCUGCAGCUCUUCAUAUACCACCGUUCCAGUCAUCAAAAUACUUGAUGGAUUAUGUACCGGAAGUGAAAGGAUAUAUAAAUGAAAAAAUCAAUUUACUAGCAAUUUGCUUUGAGAAGAGGAAGAGUUUCAUAGCAGCACUGCUUCUGUUAAAGCGUGGUAGCAUCAUAGAGUACGAUGCUGUGGAAGCCAGUAAUGUGACAUUGCUGGUUGAACACCGAGACUUUUAUUGCAUGAUUCAUUUCAAAUUACCAACAACAUUUCCAAAACAACCGCCACAAAUCACUUUGCGGUCUAUAUAUCACAUGACUUCAUUAGGGACACUCUUCAGUCAAAAUGUAGAAGAUCUUCCAUACAGUCCUCGAUGGGUGCCAUUUGAGAUGGUUACAAAAGCACUAAAUCAUAUUGCAGAAAAGGAAAUUCAUAAAUUUCAGACCAACUCUGUAAAGAAUAGUCACUUCUGAAUCAGUAAAUAUCAAAGUCGGAUACACAAUACCUGUUAUUCGGUAAUAGCCCAAUAUACCGUUUGCUGAACAGUAACACACUUUUGAUGUAUUAUUAUAAAUAAGUCUAUUUUCAAAAAAGUCAUAUAAAUUGUAUAAUAACUGCUUUAAAAUACUAAAUUAAAAAAACAUUUCAUUAGUCUUACUUUACCAUCCGUGAUGCGUCAGUUGAAUCAAUGUGAUUAAUCAGUAAAUGAGGUCAAAUACCAUGUCUAUUAAGUUAGGAUUGGGACAUGUAUUGCACCAUUCCUCUAAUAUUCAAGAAUUGUGAUCUAAAGGGAUCACAAAAAUAUGAUUUAAAAUACAGCAAAUUCUACGAAAGAAUGCAUACUGACUUCGAAUUUACAUAUUCGCAAAUUGCAUUAGUUACAUUUCUAUUGUCAGUUCUUGUAAAAGGUGGGUUUAAAUUUCUAAGUAAACUCUGUAGUGACUUGGAGCAGCAGAGUUUUGGAAUGAAAUCCUUCAGAAUUCGUGUUCAACUUUUUUAUUCUGUGUCAAAGAAUGUACGUUAUUUUUUUCAAACGGAUAAAGUGUUUCGUUUGGAAGCAAAACUUUUUUUAGCUCCCACCUGAAAAAUUACUUUAGAAAAAAAAUUGAUAUUUCUUGCAAAAGGAUACGUCCUAAAUUCAAUUUUCAAAUAUCUUGAUCGAAAUUUGAAUGUUCCCUAUUUAAAUAAUAUUAAAAAUGUUGCCAUUCGUAAUCAGCUACGUUCAAAGACUAAUACUUCAUUCCGUGGACCUUAAUUUUAGAAAAUUGGUUUGGCUACGAAUUUAUCAAUUAAAUUUUUGCUAUAAACUCAAUAGCUUAGUCACUAACGACUUCUAAAGGUGAAUUGUUAAAUACAAUUAACAGUGGCUUAUGCAUACUUUUUGAAUCGUUUGGGCUACAGAAUUAGGUCGCGGACUUUUGUUAAUUCCCCAAAAAAAAUACUUAUAGUAUCAAAUCUGUGUCAUUAAAUGCGGCU